AUAUGAUCCAGACCUGUGCAUGAAUUGCUUUGAUUAGUCAGAGUGAACAUUCCAUAAUGAGUGGUGCAGCUUUGGGACUCGAGAUUGUUUUUGUCUUUUUUCUGGCGUUGUUCCUACUUCAUCGAUACGGAGACUUUAAGAAACAGCAUAGACUUGUAAUUGUUGGAACACUGCUUGCUUGGUAUCUCUGCUUUCUUAUCGUCUUCAUACUGCCCCUGGAUGUUAGUACGACAAUAUAUAACAGGUGCAAGCAUGCUGCUGCAAACUCAAGCCCUCCUGAGAAUAGCAACAUUACAGGAUCAUAUGCAACUGCUAUCCCAGUUCCAAGCCAACAUCCAUGUUUCAAGCCAUGGAGUUAUAUUCCUGAUGGAAUCAUGCCAGUUUUCUGGAGGGUAGUGUAUUGGACAUCACAAUUUUUAACAUGGAUUCUUUUACCCUUUAUGCAGUCAUAUGCAAGGUCAGGAGGGUUUUCGAUCACUGGGAAGAUCAAAACUGCACUUAUUGAGAAUGCAAUCUAUUAUGGCACCUAUUUGCUGAUUUUUGGAGCAUUUUUAAUUUAUGUAGCUGUAAACCCACGUUUGCACUUAGAAUGGAACCAGCUUCAGACAAUUGGAAUAGCUGCUGCAAAUACAUGGGGUCUGUUUCUGCUUGUAUUGUUGUUGGGGUAUGGCUUGGUGGAAAUUCCUCGGUCAUACUGGAAUGGAGCAAAAAAGGGUUAUCUACUAAUGAAGACUUAUUUUAAGGCAGCCAAACUGAUGACAGAGAAAGCAGAUGCAGAAGAGAAUUUAGAAGACAUCAUGGAGGAGGUUCAUAAAGUGAAUGAAAGCAUCAAGUAUAACCACCCAUUGAGAAAAUGUGUUGAUACAAUACUUAAAAAGUGCCCUACAGAGUACCAGGAAAAAAUGGGUAGGAACAUGGAUGAUUAUGAAGAUUUUGAUGAAAAACAUAAUACCUAUCCAAGUGAAAAAAGUCUAGUAAAACUGCAUAAGCAGGUGAUUUAUUCAGUUCAGAGGCACCGUCGAACUCAAGUACAAUGGCAAAUUCUUUUGGAACAGGCAUUUUAUCUGGAAGAUGUAGCAAAAAAUGAAGCCAGUGCAACUCGUCAGUUUGUUCACACUUUUCAGUCACCAGAGCCAGAAAAUAGAUUUACCCAGUAUUUUUAUAAUCCAACAGUUGAAUGGUACUGGGAAUGCCUUUUACGACCCUGGUUUUACAGGAUACUUGCUGUGGUUUUGUCUGUCUUCUCUGUGAUUGUUGUGUGGUCAGAGUGCACAUUCUUUAGCACUAGACCUGUCCUAUCCCUCUUUGCAGUCUUCAUACAGCUGGCAGAAAAAACAUACAAUUAUAUUUAUAUCGAGAUUGCUUGCUUCUUUUCCAUCUUCUUCCUAAGUAUCUGUGUUUAUUCUACUGUGUUCAGGAUCCGUGUAUUUAACUAUUAUUACUUGGCUUCACAUCACCAGACUGAUGCUUACAGCCUUCUUUUCAGUGGCAUGUUAUUUUGCCGUUUAACUCCUCCUUUAUGUCUUAAUUUUUUGGGUUUGACCCAUAUGGAUUCAUCCAUCUCUCACCAGAAUACUCAGCCAACUGCUUAUACAUCUAUUAUGGGUUCCAUGAAAGUUUUAUCCUUUAUUGCAGAUGGCUUCUAUAUAUAUUAUCCUAUGUUGGUGGUAAUUCUCUGCAUUGCUACUUAUUUUAGCUUGGGAACCCGUUGUUUGAAUCUGCUUGGUUUCCAGCAGUUCAUGGGAGAUAAUGAUAUGACAUCUGACUUAGUUGAUGAAGGAAAAGAAUUAAUCAGACGAGAGAAGAGAAAAAGGCAAAGGCAAGAAGAAGGUGAAAAUCGAAGAAGAGAAUGGAAAGAACGUUAUGGACACAGUAGAGAAGAUUCCACUAGAAACAGAAGUGUUCAUACUGACCCAAAAGAGUCAAACUUCUCAGAUAUUAGUACCAACCGGUCAUCCAGAUAUACCAGGGCUAAUAAUAGGACUGAAAGAGACCGAAUAGAACUCCUCCAAGAUGCAGAACCUUUGGAUUUUAAUGCAGAAACAUUCACUGAUGAUCCUCUUGAAUCUGAAUCAGGAAGGUAUCAGCCUGGUGGACGAUAUCUCUCGAUGUCUCGCAGCAAAAUAUUUGAUGAUGUCUAAAGUAUGAAAGAAUUUAUGUUACAGUUAUCUGAGGUCAACACAUCAGUUCAGUCUUUAUGAACAUCUGUAUGCCCUAAAAUUUACUCUGUGCUCUGGAUAAAAAGUGUCAGGAUAACAAACAAGGCAUGGAUAAUUAAAUACAUCCUAGUAAUAAUUGUUUGUCUAUUGUUCAUUGAAUAGAAUAUCAUCUUUCUAAUAGGAUUUACCUUAUUUUUAUGCAAAUAACGCACACCUUCUGUGUUUGUUUUCCAGCCACACCCUCCCCCCCACCACGAGGCACCCUCACAAGCACCUCCAUGCCAAUCCUCCACCACGGUGUUGUUGUAAAAAAAAAAAUUAGCAUACUGCGCUUACAAAAAAUACCUCACAGGGGGAGGCUGCAGCCAGCAAACAAUCACAGAAGGCAUGCAUUAUUUGCGUAAAAAUAUGGUGUUACAUACCAUUCCUUAAAUAUCUGCCUUAGAAGUACAGUUACCCUGGAGGGAUUUAAUUCAUGAUGAAGAUCCGUGUAUGUUGAGAACAUGUAAUUUAGUUUGGUUUAGAUUAACUUUUUUCAGGAAAGUCAUUUUUUUUUAAGGUCCAAGGAAGCUGUAAAUCAUAACUGUAGUUUUCUAAUGAUUUACAUUUUUGUCAUUUCUAAAGAAGAUGUUAAAACUGUAUUUCCCAAAGAGCUAUAAGUGAAUAAAGACCUCAAAUAAUAGUCAUAUUCACAAAAUCCCUGUCUUAAAACAAGACUUACUUACCGGUCAUAACAAUGUAAAAAGCUCUUUUUCAACUCUGUAGGCAAAUUAGUGAGGUUUUUGCAUGUAUAAUUAAAAUUAUCCUUCAACUGCUAGUGUUAAUAUCUUUAGCAUGUAUAGAAUAAUCAGGUGACGUAUUUUUUUUCAGUCUUUGGUAGUAACUGGAAAUUUUUUUACACUUUUGGUAUUGCUUUGUAAAAGAUUUUAUUUCAGAGAGAAAUGUUCACCUUUGUCAUUUAACAUAUUAAUUUAAGGUUUGAUCAUUCAAGGAAAAUCCAAAGCAUUAUUAGUAAAUAAUUGUUUUUGUUUUAAUAGCCAAAGAGUCCCACAAAAUUCCCUAAUUUUUAAAGGUGCCUAUUGAUGUUUUUAUAAAAAGAACAUCUGAUUAUACAACGGGAAAAAGUGAAUCCAUUUACUGCUGUUACUAACCCUUAAAUUGUGAUUAAUAGAAAGCAGAAAACUAAAUUAGAAUGGAAAUGUGUUAAAAUAACUUGUUGGUUAAACAUGCUUAAUAUUUAAAUUGAUUUUUUUAAACCUCUGUGUUUAAGCCAAAGUCAGGUAUUGUAUUUUAAAGCACCAGUGUUUUAUUGCAAAGUGAACAUGGUUGAGUGCAACAUGCUUGCAGAAAGUCUUUAUCUCCCUGAAAUAUUUGCAAAUUUUAUAGGAUCCAUAAUAUAUUGGUGACUAUAUUUGAGCUUGUUCAAGACAGUCCCAGUUUAACACCUAUUAUCGUACAUAAUUAUUAAUAGUGCUCAUUUUCACUCUCAACUGUUCCAGUUUGAAGAUAGACUACAUGGUCACCCUAAUAAUAUGAUUGUGUGUUUGUUAAAGGUGAUCUUUCUCUGAAUCAUAAAUUUGAAAUUUUUAUUUUCUUCUUUAAUUAGUGUCCUCAUGUAAUUUUUGUAAAGAUACAGUUCCAUACAGGUAGUAAAAAGAAUAGUGUCAUCCUUCUUAUCUGAUUUUCUUCAGUUUUUAUGAUCUUUGAGAUUUAGAUCCCCUUUAAAAUAAUCAUCAAUGAAGAUUUACUCUCUGAGCCCAAGGUUGUAGAGACUGUUCAUUUGAAUACACACACACAGCCUUUUAUUGUAAAGUGUGGUCAGAAAGCAAUAGGCCAGGAGCAGAGAUAAUGUAAUACUGUUUGUAACCUCAUGAUUGACUCAUUGAAUACCUUGGGCAAAUCAUAUAACCUUUCAGUGCCUCAGUUUCUUUGUUUGCAAAAUGAAGGUGAUACUUGGUAUCUACCUAUUGAUCUACCUCACAAAGCUAUUGUGAGGGUACUGAGUUUAUAUACUAGCAUUGGGAAAAAAAAAGUCAUUAGUCAUGCUAUUUAUACUAGUGGUACUUAAAGGUGUUAGAUGCAAAAAUGAUCAUAAUAAGGCCUGGUUCCUUAUUAUUAAAAAGAAACUUACAAGUCCCCAAAGCAAAAACUCUGUUUGAAACAAUUCAUCAAAAUUCCUGUGAAAAUAGUGUUGUUUCUCAUAAGAUUUCAUCAUGAGAUUCAGAUGCUGUUGUAGAAGUAGGAGCACGAAAAGGGAAGAAAUAAUCCAAUUACUUUUAUGACUGAUUUUUAUAACACUCUAAGACAAAUUGAUAGGAAUGUAUAAGGGAACAUUACUACUUUCCUUUAUUAUUAAGUUUUUAUGAUUGUAAUAAAUGAAGUAUAUAUAUACCUUCACAAACAGUAUAAAUCCUUAUAUGACUUUUGAGUUAUUUCCAAAAUAAGUUUUAGUUGUUUCAGUGAUCCAGAACAUUCAGCCUUUAAGCAGAGUUUGUCUUAUAGGAUUUUAUAUACAAAUCAUUUAGGAAGGUUGCCUUGCUCAUUCUCUAAUAGUAGACUACUCUUUGAGAGGUUAAUUAUCGAUCUUUUAGAGGUUAGUAGUAUGUCUGAAUUCAGAAGGCAGUCAUUUAACCCCUGAAAAUGAAGAGUUUAUUGCUGGAAAACUGAGUUAACAUUUAUUAAGCCUGAUUGUGUCAAAAACCAAAACAAACAAAAAAACUGUAGUAGGUACAUUCUGAUUUGAAAAGCUUAUAAAAAUUUAAUGAUAUUUAUUAUAAAACAUUACUAAAUUCAUAUACUUUACAUGCAAAGUACAGUUCUUGAAGAACUAGUUCUGGCACUUUUUGAUGUCUUUUUAAAUCUAAUAAUUAACUGAUUAGAGUUUUGUAAAUUAUUUUUUAAAUAAUUGUUAGAUAAGAAUAUUCAGUAAGCUGGUAAUUCACAAUAACCACUGCAAAAAGUAAUAAUAAUCUAUAAAUUUCAUGACUCACCAGUAAAUUGCUAAUUACUAUAUCAGUAACUUGUUAUUAUCAAUGGAGCGUUUUUGUAAAAAAAAAAAAAAAAAAUCCUAAAGUACAAAAUAAA